AUCUCCAUGGAUGAAGAUCUUCCGUCCAAGCAUUUUCCAGAAGCGCACUUUCCAGAAAUUUCUCAUCCCAAGACAAUUUUACACGAAUGGAACAAAGAUAAGAGUUCCAGCACUGAUCCAGAUAGAUCGCAUGAAAAUCCCUGUCAAGGUGAAAUGUUUCCAGACUAUCACAAAUACAUCUUAGGAAAAGAUGUGCUAUCACAAAAUUUACCGUCAUCCACGUGCAGUCAUAGCAACUGGGAAAACAAUGCCUGUCAGAAAAACACACAUGACACAAACAUUGAAUGUUCUGUGUUGCGAGAUGAAUGUGGUAAUGUCACAUAUCAAAAUGAAAUGCCUUUACUUACACAAAACAAAAGUCUCCUGGAGUCAAGCAUACCUGAGCAGAAGUUUCUGAAAAAGAAGCGAAGGACUAAAACUCAAAAUUGUGUAGAAUGUGACAUACAUUCCCCUGAAAGUGCAGCAGGUGAAGAAAGUUUUCAACAUUUUAUCAACGUAACGGAUAGCAGCAAUUCAGUUAUUGUUAAAAGAGGAAAUUAUGCCGAAGAAAAAGAUAAAGUUUCUCUUGCUUGCAAAAAAACACAAGAUAUUUUUUCACCAAGAAAAAUUCGAACUGCAAACCACAUGAGAAGCAUUGAAAUCCAAAUGAGUCCCAUAAAAAGCAGAAUAGCUGCCUCAUUCGGAGAAGAUUCUGUUGAACAUAAAGAUGAGUCAAUGGAAGUAGAUUUAGAGGAUGGUGUAGGUAGUGAUUUAAAUGACCCAGAAGAGCCUUCAACCGCCGAAGAAGAUUUUGAUAGCCCUCAGGAGGUAAAUCAAUAUUCAGAAAUUGAGGAGUCUACGGCCAUUGGCUCUGACAGUCUUCUCAAUGAAGGAGGAACUGAUGCAGAUGGAAAUUACAGCUCUUCAGCUGGUGAAGAAUGCUCUGAAGGAAUUGGGAAGACAGCAGAUGCAACAAAAUCUUCUGAACAAGGUACUGUUUCAGGUUCAAAUGAAAAUAAACAAGAAGUUGUUGAUAAACAAAAUAAUUUAGAAACUGAAGGAAAUGGAAUUUCAUGUAAUAGAACAGAAAGCUUUUCCUUGAGUGGAGCUGUGUCCGUUAACAAUGAAGAGAAAAGCAGAAGUAUUAACAGUACUAGGAAUGGCAAAGAGGAUAAGAUUGUUACAAAUGAAAAUGAAGCUCUUCCCGUUUCUGAUAGUAACGUAGUUAACCCCAGUGAAAGCUAUGAAAUACAAAAAGAAGAAUAUCGAACAUCAGAGGGAAAUGCUAAAGUGGCUGUGAUAGGUAGCGCUAAUAAUAAAUGUGAGUUUAAUUCAAUUAUUAAUUCUCAAGAAAAUAUUGCGUCUGAGAAUAAUAACAUAUACGCCAGUGACGACAAGGGAAAAUCAGAAGAGACUGAGACUGCAGUAUUUGAAGAAAAAGGAACCCAAAUAAGCGAUGGAGAAAAUUCAUGUGAGCAAUUAAAAAAGGAUAACAACAUUAGGGAUUGUAUUCUUUCUAGUAAAGAGGAUAAAAAUGUUACAAAAUACCUGGAAACCAAUUUUGAGGCCAGUCUAGAUGACAAUGAUGGGAUUGUAAAUGUUGCUUCUGCUGAAUUUGGUGAGAAUAUUGAAGAACCUUACUCUAAAUUCGGUACUCUAGUGAAACGUGAAGAUUUGAGAGACGUUAGAAAACAUUCCGAAGUUUCAGAAAGGGAAUUUUCAGAAGAAAAGCGGGAAAAAAAGCAGUUAGAGUCUGAAAUAUUUUGUUCCAUAAAUGAAGACAAUGUUCAUGAGAGUAGAGCUUAUCCUGAGUCCGAUAUUUCAAGUUUUAAAAAAUCUAAUGAUAUUUUAAAUGAAAAGGAAGAAGUAAUUAGUGAUAUUAGUCCGAAAUUAAAAUGUGAAGUGCGUGCAGAGUUCAGUGAAAAUGUGGAAGAUAUUCGACUAAAUAAUGAAGGAAUGCUUGAUAUCAGUGAUGUUAAUCUGCAGAAGGAAAAUACCCUAAAAUCAAAGGAAGAAGUAGGAAGAAUUUCUAGUCAUUUUAACGAUCUUAACGUAGAGAAUACUUAUACGAACGAAAUCAAACAGUCUUACGACAAAAUGAAAGAUUAUGAGACCAAAAAUACCCCUUUUCAAAUCAGUGAAGAUAGUAAGAACUAUGAGAAGUUCGAAACAUUCGAUAAUUUAUGCACUAGUAUGGGAAGCACAUCUCCAGACUUAAAACAUGAUCUCACAGUUUCUCAUGAGACUGAUGAAGUAACCUUAUCUACCCCAAACGGAGAGAAAAUUAAUCUAAUUGCAGAUGAAGAAAAUAUGCGGAUAGAUGAAAGUGCAGCACCGAAUGACUUAUAUGCAAUAAUUCAAAACAAUGUCCCUGAAACUGACACUGAAGCCAAAGGAAAUGUGUUAAACGUAAUUGCUCAACAAUCAACUAUUAGAAGCUUUUCAAGAAAUGAUGGAGAAGAAAUCCAUAAUCAGCAGCUUCAUAAAGUUGAAAAAUUAAACACAUCUGAUUUAAAAGUAGCUCUAUCUGAUUCUUCUCAUGUAAACGAAAAUAAAAUUAUUGCACAGAAAGAGGCUGCAAUGCUUAAGAUAAAGCCAGAUGCCAGUCCAGAACUAGAUAAUAACUUUUCAUCCCAAAAUGUUAAACUUUCAAUUCAAGAAUACUCAAUUAAUGAAGUGACACAUUCAGAAGAAAGAAAUUCCACUACGAAUGAAUUCAGUAUCAGUUACGUGGAAGGUACAGUGAAUAGACAAAUUCCCAAAAUGCAAGCUAAAGUUAUAAAAUCAGUCAUUCUAGAUUCUGAAUUAUCUGCCAGAAAUCCAAGUUUAUGUUCAUUAGAGAAUUGUACGCAAAAGGAAAAUACAUCCGCUAAAAGUAUCCCGGAUGAAAAGGCUGCUCAAAAUGUUUAUGACACAUCCAAAGUAGUAUCUCCUCGCAAAGGUAUAAAAGUUGAGGAGGAUGAAAUCGAAACAGCAAUAAGCAGCGUACAGUUCUAUGAGGAGAUAAGUGAUAGCAAUGGUAUAAUUGAGCACGAAGUAGAAAUCGAAAUGGUGGGAAAAAACGUUUUUGAAUCUGGAACUAAAAAUGAAUGCAUGCCGCGCACAGAUGAUUUUGAACUUAAAUCCUCAGAAACUGAUGAGCAUAAAGGACAGGACAACAGUGUAUACCCGAAUCUAGAGUCACCUUCUCGAAUUACUGGAGUUGAGAAGAUUGCAAAAAAUAUCUCGAGUCCGAGAAAGCGCAUGAAGAGGCGUAAGCUUCCAAGAUCACGUAGUGCACCUCAUAAAGAUGGAGUUUCUUCUGCUCCUCAAAAGACGCAGGAUUCCAAAGGAGGGAAAGGAAACCAGUCUGAAAAAUUAGCACCUAGAUCGAGUUCUUCGACAACCACGCGGACUCCUUCAACGACAGAGAAAAAAAUUCCUCCAAUUAAAGCCCCUGUUGGUAACGCACCACCGCCAAAAAUAAAGCAAGCAAAAUCAAAAAUUGGAUCGUUAGAUAAUGUAACUCACAAACCUAAAGGAGGAGAAAGAAAGGUGGAAACAGUGAAACUGGAAUGGAACGCUAAACCUAAAGUUGGCUCCUUGGAUUAUGCUACUCAUAAGCCAGGUGGCGGAGAUAAAAAAAUUAUAACUCAGAAAAUUGAUUUUAAAAAUGUUCAGUCUAAGAUUGGAUCUAAGGAUAAUAUAAAGCACAAACCAGGAGGAGGAAAUGUAAAGGUGACUACGGAAAAAUUAGAUUUCAAAUCAAAAGUCACAUCAAAAGUAGGAUCUUUGGAGAAUGCAAAACAUAAGCCAGGAGGAGGUAAUGUCGCAAUUAAAUCCGAAAAACUACACUUCAAAGAAAAGGCCGCACCAAAAAUACAUUCAAGAUCUGGAUCGGAAAGGGGAAGCAGUCACGGUGGCUCAGAAACACAGAGCCCUGUUAUGCCAUCAUCCCCUGCACCACCAGAGGGCAUGCCGCCUUUAUGCGAAGACGAAAAUCCUUCUAGCCAAGAGGAGGAGAAAAAUCAAGGUACUCCAAACGAAACAAAUCGCAUGGAAGGGGAAGUAACUUGCAAUGGAAGCACAGGAGACAAAGGACCUCCUCUCUCACCAGAUGAUUCACCCAUUAGGCCACAAAAAGAUGAAGAUAAGGUUGAAAAUAAUUGUGUCUCUCCUGUGAAAGAAAACGAGACAACAAACGGAGCAGAGGGUAUUCAACCGGAUUGUUGAUAGAAUCUUAACUUGAUAUUCGUGCAUUAACUAACUGCUUUUGUGUACUUUAUUUUCAUCCUUGACUAUGAUAUUUCUGUGAAAAGCUUUCCACAGUUGUUAAUCCGAAUAAUGAGAUGCAAAUAUUAUUCAAUUAUUAAUAUUAACGGAAUGCUUCAAUUCCUAAGAUGUAAAACGUCAUCGUCAAAGCUGUUUUACUGUUUAGCCGCUGUUCAAUAAACUGCAAGAAUUUUUAUGAUACACAAGAUUUCACUGAAUGCAUUUUUCCAGUUUAAAUGUGAGUUCAUGAUACGGAACAACAGCUUUUAAGGUAUUGUUAGAUAAAACUAAAAGAAAAAUUCCCGAGUAGGGAAAUCUGUUAUUUAUUAUUAUUAUUGUUAUUAUUUUGAAUUUUUGCCUUUUAAAAGUGUAAUUAGCCAAAGUUGGUUUUUCAUGAAAGUCACUUUUACAUUUUACAGCAUAAAAUAUACCAAAUUCACGAGCAUUAACUUAAUAUAAAUAAAAAAGAUUCUACUGUCAUUUACGGAA